UCCACCGCGAUCGACCGGGGCUCGCCGUGGGGCAGAUCCCCAGCGGCGACCGCUUCAUCCCCGUUGUCGCCCCUGUCGCCAAACAACGCGGCGCGGUCGAGUAUCGGUCAGGAUAAAAGCGCCGGAACCCCCGCCGGAACACCCCUGCACCGCAUUCGUCGCAGGCUCCGCGACGAUCUUCGAUGCGCGGUGUGCCUGAGGGAUUUCUGCAGCGAGGGCGAGUCGAGUUCGCCGGUGACGCUGCCGUGCGGGCACUCGUUUUGCCGCGAGUGCGUGGGGGGGAUGCGGGGAUCUGGGGCGAACACCCGGCCGUUCAGGUGCCCGCUGGACCGCGCGAUGGUGAGCGGGAACCUGGACCUGAGGGUCAACGCGACGAUGAGGGAUCUCAUCAGGCUGGUGGGGCGCAAGCUGACGGUCGAGGGGCGGACGCCGGUUAAAGAGGGGGGAGUCGAGAAUGGAUCCGCGGUUGGGGAUGAAUCAGAUCUUCGCCCCCCCGGGUCGCCGGCGGCACGGCUGGCGAGGCGUCCGACGUUCGCGGAGGUGUGCAGCCCGAUGCCGAGGUGAGCGAUCGAUCGCGUGGGCACGUAGCGUAGACUGAUCGUCUUUAACGCGGAUGUUUGUCG